UAUGAUAGAAAUAAUAUUUAAUUUCGAGAAGUAAGUGAAAAGGUGGUGUUAGACUCACUCGUGAUCGACCAACUUGUGAAAAUGUCGCCCAACUCAGCCUUGAGGGCACAACAGAGCGGGCAUAACACAGCCACGCUCAAAGGUACUGGCUAGGAGCGGCGCGACCGUACCCGGGUUGGUGGCGCUUAAAUGUGCCCAAAGCUCUGCGAAAUGAAUGGUGAUAUAGGCGCCUUUUUGGUCCCCAUAUGACGCCUCAUCUCCAGCUCCUGCACGCUGAUAUAAUCAUUUUUGAUUGGCAACUCUCCUUGGAAGGGAAUAGGAUGGUAAUCCUUCGUCUGCUUCUAAAUUUCCUCGGGAUAUCAUCCACAAGGGCUGACUUGAGUCUGCUGAACUGCAUUUAAUUAUUUUGCAUCUCGUUAACUGACUGAUACCCUGUAUUCGUGAUCAGCACUCGGUGCCUGACGUUUUAACGACUCGGCGCUUCGGAUUUCUAGCCGCUGAGCUUAGGCACACUCUCACGACAACCCUACUGAAAUGGACGGAAGCGACCACGGGGAUGAAGACGGCAUGGAACCAGGUUCAUAUCGGCUGCCGAAGAGGCAAAAGACAUUUCACCAUGGUGGCUUGGCUACCCUGGGGCAUGCCUCGUAUACUGUUGCCUGGAUUUGUGCGCUUUAUAUUGAGAUGGCAGCAGCUCUAGCCAUGUUGGACGAAAUCCACGACCCUUUACAUACAUACCCGGAUGACAGCAACACUUACAAACUGGGGCGCAUUGAACAGCACAAUGUCGUCAUUGCAUGUUUACCAGCGCAUCAGUAUGGAACGAACAAUGCGGCGAACGUGGUGACAAAUCUCAAACGGACCUUCCCAUCAAUACGCGCUGGGCUGAUGGUCGGAAUCGGCGGAGGCGUCCCGAGUAAAGCCGAUAUCCGCCUGGGCGAUGUUGUUGUUGGUACCCGAGUUAUGCAGUAUGAUCUCGGAAAACUCGUGAGGGAUGGCCGGAUACAAAGGACAGGGAUACCGAAAAUUCCUCAUCAGCUGCUUGGCACAGCUGUAUCGGCCCUCCGAUCAAAACAUGAACUAGAGCCUACUCAGGUUCCGUCGAUCAUGAGACAAAAGCUAGCGGCCCACCCUGGCUACGGACGUCCAAGCUCACCAGAUCGCCUCUAUUGCGUGGAGUAUGACCAUGAAGAUCCUAGUUCCGACUGCGAUCAUUGCGACCAGUCAAAAUUGAUUUCUCGCAGCCAAAGGAGCUCAGGGGACAUUGUGAUUCACUACGGCGCCAUCGCUUCAGGGAAUCAAGUGAUCAAGGAUGGCAGAACCCGGGAUAGCAUUGCCCAACAGUUAGACAUCGUUUGUUUCGAGAUGAAAGCAGCUGGCCUGAUGGAUACUAUAUCAUGUCUGGUCAUUCGAGGGAUAUGCGAUUACGCAGACACUCACAAAAGCAAGGAUUGGCAGAGGUAUGCGGCAGCAACUGCGGCCGCAUAUGCAAGAGAGUUACUCAAAGAACUGCCUGUGACCGAAGGAGAUGCAAAACGUCCUUUCGUGCCUGACCACCAUGAGAGCCGAGUUCAUGAGCGCCGACAGCGAUUACUGGAAUCUUUACGAUUCGAGCAGAUCGACUCUCGCAAAUUGACUAUCAAAGCCGCUCAUGCCAAGACAUGUAAAUGGUUUCUCAGCCAUCCAGACUAUAAGACCUGGCUUGACCCGAUGAUGUUAUCUCAGCAUCACGGCUUUCUGUGGAUCAGUGGCAAGCCUGGUGCCGGCAAGUCAACAAUAAUGAAAUUUGCCUACACGCAUACAAAGAACAAAGCUCGCCAUCAGCACUCCGUUGUGGCAUCAUUCUUCUUCAACGCACGAGGUGAAAACCUGGAAAAGUCAGUUUUUGGCAUGUAUCGAUCGUUACUUCUACAACUACUCGAAGGCUAUGCUAUCCUCCAAUCCGUAUUGGAUGACCCCGAUGUCAUAAUUGGCCAGAAUGGCUGUCCUUCCUUGAAUGUUCUCAAGGAUGUCUUCUGUGAUGCUGUUUUAGCUCUCGGUGAGAAGUCGUUCACCUGUUUUGUUGAUGCUCUUGAUGAGUGCGACGAACAACAAGUCGUGGAAAUGGUGCAGUAUUUCGAAGACCUCGCGGAGCAAUCCGCAUCUCGUGGCGUUUUAUUCCGAGUCUGUUUUUCUAGCCGCCAUUAUCCCUACAUCGUCAUAAAGCAAGGAAUCAGACUUACGCUCGAGGACCAGGUAGGCUAUUCUGAAGACCUAGAAGCAUACGUCUCAAGCCGCCUCCAAAUUAAAGACCCCGAUAUCCUUAAGGAGCUGCAGCCCCGACUUCUUGGCAAGGCUGCCGGCGUCUUCAUGUGGGUUGUUCUUGUCGUCGAUAUUCUAAACAAAGAGCACCGACGGGGUGGUCUGAGCCUUAGACGAAGACUGGCGGAAAUCCCGAGCGAUUUGAGUGAAUUGUUCAAAGACAUCUUGAGGCGUGACAACGAGAACAUGGAUGAUUUGCUACUUUGCAUCCUGUGGAUUCUCUACGCAAAACGACCGCUGCAGCCGAAGGAAUUCUAUCAUGCUUUGUGGUCCGGACUAUCACUCAAAAGCCUAGUGGAUGACCGACCGCCUACGUUAGGCGACCCCGAUUCAAAUGACAGCUUAAACAAAUUUAACAGAUGCGUUAUCAGUUCGUCAAAGGGCCUCGCCGAAAUCACUAAAUCCAAGAGGCCAAUCGUGCAGUUCAUUCAUGAGUCGGUCCGGGACUUUCUGAUCAAAGACAAAGGUCUACAGCAAAUGUGGCCGGAACUAGGCCUAAAUCCGGAAGGCCCAAGCCAUGAAGUGCUGAAACAGUGCUGCAAUCUCUAUACGAACCAUGUCUCUCCGCCAAUCGUUAUAAAGCUUCAAGAGGGGAUAAGUUUCGAAAUAGAGAAUGAGGUCUGGAAACCGUACCCAUUUCUGGAGUAUGCCUACCAGCAUAUCUUCUACCACUCAGACGCAGCAGCCAGCUCUGUUUCCCAAGAAGAAUUCCUUAAUACAUUUCAAACUUACGACUGGAUUCUCAUGAACAAUCUUCUCCAAAAGUUCAGGAUUCAACAAUACAGGUCAAGCCCAAGUGAUGCAAGUCUAGACUACAUUCUCGCUGACAGAGGUUGUCCAAAUCUUAUUCGCGUGAGACUGAAGCACGACUUGGCUAUCCAUCUCGUUCAUCCGACUGAGAGAUACAGAUACCCGCUUUUUGCCGCCCUGGCUGCCGGCCACAAGGAGACUGUCGCCGCUCUUCUAAAUACUCCCUCCCACAUAUACAAUGGAGAAGAUAUCACGCAAGGCUCGAAAAAUAGAAAGGACAUGAAGGGUUAUGAGUACCUGACACCUCUGACUUGGGCGGCGCAGGAAGGACGGACAAGCAUUGUUCAGCUUCUUCUACUCCAAGGCGUUGACAUUGAUGGGCGCGAUCUGGAGGGGUACAGCCCUCUGCUCCAGGCUAUCACUCGCAACCAUGAAGAAACUGCUCGCCUUCUUAUCGAUAGCGGAGCGGAUUUGAACAUUUCGACGAAAGAUCUUCUGACGCCUCUCAAAGCUGCGUGCCUGGGAGGAAUGGACAACAUCGUUGACUACCUACUCGACAAGGGCGCAGAAAUUGACUCGGGCUACCCGGCACGGAGCACACCGCUUUUAAACGCCUGUAAAGGUGGCCAUCUCAGAACCGUGAUGCUCUUGAUCAAGAGAGGAGCCAGACUAGAUUUUCGAGACGAAAAUGGUGCUGAACUGCUGAUCCGUGCAUCGGAGGCCGGACACUUGGAGGUUGCGCAAUUUCUGAUCGAAAACGGCGUAGACGUGAACGCUACGGAUGUCAUUGGGAUGUCAUCCCUUUCAUGGGCAAUGCAGCAGGGACAUGAAUUAAUAGUUCAGCUUCUUCUUAACAGUGGAGCUAAUAUUCAUACGAGGGACAUAAAGGGAAAGACACCCCUUUUUUGGGUCGCCAAUCCAAGCUUAGCUAAUUGGCUCAUCGAAAGAGGGGCAAAUGUCAAUGCGGAAGACGAUGAAGGAAAUACGCCCUUGCUCAUGGUCACUUGGCGUUCAUUUGUUAUGUUGGAAAAGUCCUCCCGCAACAAAAGAGCUAAGGCUAGCUCUGCGAUUGGAUGUUUCAAAAAUGAAACACCGAUGGACAGUUGCGCUGGGCUUGAGUCAGUAGCAAAAGUUUACAUCGAGCAUGGGGCUCAAGUUGAUAUUCAAAAUAAGCUCGGAAAUACGCCGCUCAUGCUGUCCCUGAUCAGUGGGAAUAAAACGCUGGCAAAGUUUCUUAUCGAGCACGGAGCGGACGUCAAUGCCAGGACGAUUACGGCAAGGACACCCCUCCUAGUGGCCGUCGGAGGUAUAACGGAAGAGAUCGUAAGGUUACUUAUUGAGCGAGGGGCUGACGUUAAUGCAAGUGAUGACUAUGGAAACACACCUUUGUCAAUGGCUGCGAGAAGGGUGGAUGGCGAAGCAAUCGUGCAACUUCUCAUUGAUCAUGGAGCCGUGGAGAGCAAAGUGUCCGAGCUAGAUGAGUUCUGAACUCAUAUAGCAUCAUUAUUUUUUUUAAAAAGAAUUUGCACUUGUUGCAAUGCCAAGUUUCUCAAUUUUUGAUCGCGCUUUCUCCGAGAUUAUAUUCUACAGUCAUAGAAGUACAGAGGUGUUAGAUUGAAAGAAGGCUGUAGAAAAGAUGGUUGCGCAAUAACGUGGAUCAAUUAAAGCAAAUCGAUCGAGCAGCAUUUAUCAAUGUACAUGGGCUUUAUCAAUGAAGAGCUUUCGGGGAUAACACACGGCGAUAGACUUCCCCGAGAUCUCGAUGACAUGUUUUAUGAUAUCAUGCCAAUUCUCUCGCCUUCAAGUACUGUCUGGAAAGAUCAGAAAUUUUUUCAUUGCAGUUUUAAUGCUGAUUGAUGUUCGAUCCGUGGGCAAAUUCCGCAAUUACUACAAGGUUAGACUUGGCCCGUCAUUAUUCCCGAGUUUAUUUCACUAUAUUAACAGGCUUCUCAAUGUGGUUGAGAUGAGGACUUGCAGAAAGCAUUGUAGAAGUUCAAGUUGGGUGUUAACAUGGAACAAUUGGAUUAAAUAUGUGCGAUUGGCUGAUGAUCUGGAAGAUUUAACUUGCAUGAGCUUCAAAACUUGGAUAAUGGUACAAGCUGAUGGGGAUAUUGAUGUGACAUGUUGCUUAGAACCUCAAAUUUUUGAUGUACCGUAUAUAAAUUGGAGCAAAUGUCUUGGGGAUGUUCAUUCAGACAAGCUCUGUUGAUGGAAGACU